GGGGAGGAGGAGAAAGGCGGGGAGGAAGACGAUGCCGAGUGCGAGGCCCCCGAGGAGCCCCCCAAGAAGCGAAAAUUGGGGAAGAAUCCGGACGUGGACACAAGCUUCCUCCCCGACCGGGACCGGGAGGAGGAGGAGAACGGGCUCCGGGAGGAGCUGCGCCAGGAGUGGGAGGCCAAGCAGGAGAAAAUCAAAAAUGAGGAGAUCGAAAUCACCUUCAGCUACUGGGACGGCUCCGGGCACCGGCGGACGGUGAAGAUGAAGAAGGGGAACACGAUGCAGCAAUUCCUGCAGAAAGCGCUGGAAAUUCUGCGCCGGGAUUUCAGCGAGUUGCGGUCGGCGGGGGUGGAGCAGCUGAUGUACAUCAAGGAGGAUCUCAUCAUCCCCCAUCACCACAGCUUCUACGACUUCAUCGUCACCAAAGCCCGCGGCAAGAGUGGGCCCCUCUUUAACUUCGACGUCCAUGACGAUCUCAUGAGAGAUACAUGGGUCAUGGGAAACAAAAUUUAUGCCAGCCCUUGA